AUGUCUUCCCCGAUUGCGAGUUCAGUGGCUAGCGAGCAGUUUGGAGAUAUCCAAGCACAGCUUAGAAGUCUGCGCAACAAUGUUGAUCAUCUCGAAGCCGUUGCCAACCUGCCCGCAAAACAGAGGACAACCAGCGUCAAAGAAUUAGCAGGUGAAAUUGCUUCUGAUGCGUAUAAUAUCGGCAUUUCGACCGAUAUCUUGGAACAGCUUGUGGACAUUCUCACAAAGCCGAAUCACCUAGAUCAAACAACCACCACGACCUUGAUCAAGAACCUGUAUCCCCAGGAACGAGUCUCCUCAAAUGUUGUAACGAAGAUAGUCUGCUGUUUGGGACCAGCCAGAGUCAAACCAUCCCCUGCAACCCAAACCCUUCUCCUACAAUGGCUUCUACUCAUUUACGAAUUCCUAGAAGAGCCUGCCAUUUUGUCACGCCUUUAUUCAGUCUUGUUCAAUAUGCUGGAUAUGAUCAGCCUACGGCGGCCGCUGUGCCACAUCCUAUCUUUGAUCACGCGUCGUCCGAAUGUAAAGCCUUUCCGGAUCCAGGCAAUAAUGGAACUUCUCCGCAACGCCGGUGAUGACGAGAAAGAGCUAAUGGGUCUAUUGCGAGUAUUCAAGAAUUACUACCCAGACAUCAUCAUCGGGGACAUCGGACGAUCGAAAUUCUUCUUCAAACACCCGGACCCCGAGUGGACGGCAAAAUUGAAGCAGCUACAAGAACGAAACCUGGAACGAAUCCAAUCCGGUAAUGGGCACAACAACGUCUUCCAGGUUGUCAGGCGUGGCGCGUCCUCAAAACGAAGGAAAGUCGCCGGAAUCAUUCCGGAUGUGCAGACCUCGCGAGUAAAACCGAGCUUCACGUCUCUCGAGGAGUUGAGGAAUGUAGAUGGUUUCGUGGAGCGGUUGGAGAAGCUCGAACUGCCGAACCAGAUUGUGUCGGUUUUGGAGAAUCGGAUGGCGCACAAGUAUAUGGCGCUCGUGGGGCCUGAAACUGCCAUACAUCGAUUGGAUGACUGGUUAGAUGCGUUUUUGAAAGAUGAGGUUGAGAUGGCCAAAAUGCCGGAUUCGGCGGAUUCGGAGACCUUUAGAUAUGUCCUGGGGGCUAUUUGCGGAUAUGUUCAGUCUACAAAGGAACUGCCUGGUGUCGUCCAAAGAUUCCUUGAUAACUACCUUCGAACGUGGAACGGACAAGACUAUCGACAAGAGAUAUUGAAUAUCUUGAAAUUCAUACCCAGAGGCUCUUAUGAUGACCUGCGAGAUCACUACCUGGAACGACUGGAUACCACCAUAUUAGACCACACUGCGUCCUCACGAACAGAUCUGCUUGACUUUUAUGCAAACUUGAUUCGAAAAUGGGGUAUAAGUCUACGGUCAGAAACUUUCUCGGUCACAAGUGGACGCUUCAAGCCACUGGUGUCUCUCAUUACGCACGUAGAGCUCUUGCUACUCUCGCUUAUGGAGAUACCAUUUACAGCAGAUGCCAAAGACACAGGUGACUUCAUACCGGUAACCACGAGUAUCCUCGACCUAUACUCGGACUUGGCAGAGCUUUACUCCCACGCCUCGAGCAAUGGAAAUAUACGCCUAACAGUGCCUUUGGCGCCGGCGAUAUACAGCCUAACAUUCACCUCUAAUCUCGCUCAAAUAUCCCGUCUCUCUAACAUCCUUUCCAUCUACAAAAAUUCAUUCGAGACCUCAUUAACGUCUCAAACAUUGCAGUCACCGGACAAGUCCGCCGGCGGCUUCUAUGCACCCGAAAUGGUCGGCCUAUACAAUGGCUACAUCAUGGACCUGUGCAAUCUCAUUUGGCGAAACCGCGCACUCAACAGCGAAGACCAAAAUGCUCACGGCUGUUUGGUGCCAAAGGCAACCAAGGAAUCUUUUGUGGAAUACAUUAACGAUUCAAAUGAGAUAUCGAAGCAUCGCAGAGCAGCACGCUCCGAGGGCCCUGCAUUCAAUCAUUCUCUUGGCUUGAUGUUUUCUUUGAGUUAUCAUGUUGCUCUAGCGAGUCAUUCAGCGGCUUGUUUUUCUGCUCUUGAGGAACAGGCUGGKCUGACCGGUGACCGACCCACGCUGCAGAGACCUGUCACGCAAAAGGCAUUGGAAGCGCUUGAAAAGGAAGGCGGGAUCAAGCUUAGCUGGUCAGAGUAUAGAUUGAAGAUGCUAGAUUGGUUUGAUGAUUUGGGCAGUGAUGGUAUCGGGCAGUUGAUGAGAAGCACUAUGAAAGCGUUGCGGAAGGAUGGUUGA